AUGGCUCAUACACCAUACCUGCGCUCCCCCGCCAACUCGCUUAUCUCUGUCUCCGAGUCUCUCAACACCCCUGCGCCCUCUGAGUCUCCCUACUCCGCAUCCCCUUCGUCCAGAGACGUCGCGCCGCCUUCUUCCACGGAUGGCGCACCCACUCCGUCCAGUAAAGUCACCCCCCCUUCGCCGAUGGAGGACUCCCGCUCGCCUGAGCACCCUACUCGUCCAUUCUUCUGGGCAUGCAAUCCUGGUACCCCGGAGUUCCCGGCCCAACCUCCUCCUCCCCCCACUACCCUGCACACCUUCGCGUCCCUGAGCAAGAAGCCGGCAUAUGCCCUCAACUGCAGCUGCAGCCACUUCAACAUUCACAUGCAGGGUAACAGCACCAAAUCCGAGGUUGUUACGGCCUGUGUCGGCCAAUGCUGUUUGGAUCUUAUAUCCGAGACUGUCGUCGACAUCUUCACCAAGUCCCCUGAUUACCACAUCGACUUUCAAGACAUGGUUCAGGUGGCGGUUCGUCGUGAGCUCCUGGACAUCACCAACAACAAGGACUUUACAAGCAAUGCGCUGGGCAGGAGAUGCAUCACCAGAACAAGAUGGCCUGAGCGCGGAUCGCUGCUGCCAAUCACGCACGUGGUCAUACAGAUGUUUAGCCACCUCUCCACUGCUUGUCGUUCCGCGUCGGAGCCUCGCUCCAAUGACAUUGAAUAUACCAACACUCGCACCGUUAAUGAGGAGCACUUUCCUUAUGGUAUUAUCCCGCCGGACGGUGUCAUCAACCGUAAUCUCAAUGGUACAUUUCAGGAUUUGGUUGAGGGUCUACCCACCAGGACCGUGAAGCUUUUGCCGUCCGUCAAGGCAACAUACAUUAUGCCGCAUGCUCCGUCUGAGCCGCUGUAUUAUUGGGUUCCAUUUGGAUAUGCCAUCGGCGUGUUCUCGAACCCGGAUAUCUACUACAGCGUGUGGUCUGGAGGCCGAGGCUCAGAGGGGCACGAGGUCUUCUCACUUGAGGAGGCUUUUGAGGCCAUGGAGGAUGCGCUUCGGGAGGGACGCUUUGGUCUGAUUCACUAG